CUAACGACAUCGAAUGGUUCAAGGACAUCGGACUUUGGUGACGUCAUGAACUAUGAUCUGUGAGUGUGAGAUUUGUUUAAAGGUGGAUAUAAAGUAAAGGAUUUGUCCUUGAUGUGUUUUUGUUUCGUUUUAGACAUAGAAGUGAAAAUUAUUGUUUGUGAAUGUUAAAAUUGAGCUUUGGAGGAAUGAACGGGAUCAAGAUAUAUCAGAAGAAAAGUUUUUAAUGUUUCUUUUUCGAUCUAUAUUCAAAACAUGCAAAUAUCUAGCGACGAAAAUUCCAUGUUUAUUUAUGCGAAAGAAAAAUCUAAAUCCCAUGAUAAAAGUACGCCGAUAAGGGUCAGCGUAAUUUUAUAAGUAUAUAAAGAAGGUAUAGAUACGGAUACGUUUCAUCUUUUGACCGACAUCCAUUCAGAAAUCAUCGUUUCUAAGAAUAUUUUCUGAAAUUAUGAAUUCUUGUGUGAGAAGUAAUGGUCUCUAUCCGGUAUUGAUAGUGUUUUUAAUAGCGUGGUUGAAUAUAUGCAGCAGUUACGGACAACUCACUUUUUCGAAAGGUUGGAAAGUUGGGAAACGUACUGAUGACGAAAUGGACGCCCAAUUGAAAAUAACCACAAACGCGCUUUGUCAGUUUCUAUUGAGUCAAAUUCGGGAUAUUUUUCCUUGUGAAAACCAUCAAAUAUCCAACAAACAAUUCGAAAGUAUACUGAACAAUCAAUUAUAAAACAAAUAUUUAAAAAAAAAACAGCUACUGGUUAUUAAUUGUUUUGAAACGUGUAUAAACAUGUCGAAAUAAAAGUUGUGUAAAAGUUCAA